AUAAGCCUGCAGGCGCAGAGUCACGCCGCACCAUUUAUUACCUUCAUCAAACACACCUGAGCCGCCCCUCUGAGCACUGCUGACUGUUAGUACCUGCAGAUUUACCUGAAGGGUCCAAACCUCCGUGUGAAGGCUCUGUGGCCAGUGAAGCACUUUCUGAUCACCCACCACCAAGCGAAGCUCUGCCUCAGCUAACCCCACCCGCCAGCUCCACGCCGCAACAAAAGCCUUCAAAGAUGAUGCAGAUCAGCAGCGACCCCGCCAGCAACAAGCACUCCCUCAUCAACGUCAUGCACCGCUUCAUCGCAGCCGCCAACAACAUGGACGAGACCAUCAUGGUGCCGAGCCUGCUGCGAGACGUGCCGCUGGAGGAGCAGGCGGCCAGCGAGGCGGUGGAGAGCAACAACAACAACGAGCCGCCGUGCCCCAACAAGCAGAGGGACAUGUACGAGCACUACCUGCUGCUCAAGUCCAUCAAGAACGACAUGGAGUGGGGCCUGCUGAAGAGGGAGAUGAGCAGCGGGGCCAGCUUCCUGGAGAUGGCGGUGAAGCAGGAGGAGCAGCAGCAGCGGGUCACCGGGGAGCUGCUCCUGGACGACAACUCGGACCUGGAGCACCAGUUUCACUAUCACCUCAGGGGACUGUUCGGAGUUCUGUCCAAGCUCACGCUGCAAGCCGACCACCUCACCAACAGAUACAAGAGGGAAAUCGGAGGUGGAAACUUCAUGAGAUAGAAGUCACCACGUUUGGUUCCUCCACACACACACACACACACACACACCCCCUCCUCCCUCGGACUGCUUGACUUGCACAGUGGGAUGUGUUGAGAAGGGCUCCACCUCUUCCUAAUAGAUCUCAGUGGACAGCGAACUGACCAGGGUAACCACUUCGUGACUUCUCUCACUCCCUCGAGUAGCGACACUCCAGCUUCCCAGCACCACCAAAUGUACCUGAGAACCGGUGAUGCCUGCACGUUGUCCCUCCGGCGCAGAGGUCGACACUCUGAGUGCUCGGUGGAGGUUUUAUUGAAUCCAGAAGUCCAAAUGAAGCACAGCUCUGGUUUAAAGCAGAAACUUGCCCUGCUUUCUUUUUUUUGUUUGUUUUUUUUGUUAAUUUUAUUUUCAUUUAAGCAUAAGUUUGUCACCAGAUUGUGAAUAAAAGAAGGUCUCUGACUGUAGGAGAAGUUGAAUGCUGGUUAUUCUGUCCCUCCUGUUUUAAAAAAAGAAAAAAAACGCAUUUUAAAAUGGAUUUUUAGUGCUGAGCUGAAGGGCUCUGACCUGCAGAGCUUUUAAAUCUUUCCACUUGGGUUUUACUGUAACAUGGCGUGCCUUGACUUUUUGUAUACCCCCCCCCAUCAUGCCCUGUUCGGUUACCUCUCCAUUGUCUGACUGCUUAAAUGAUUCAUCAAGAUGUUCAUGAUGAGAAAAUGCAUUUGUUUGUCCUUGGAUAUUUCAAAACCAAUUUUAUAUUAAAGCAGAAAUGCAGUAAAAGUGAAAUAAAUAAUUGGAAACUUGA